AUGGUCACAAUCAAGCGCCCAACAUUCUCCAAACCCCACUUCACAACCCAGCCCAUCAAAGCUUGGUCCUCCCGCCUCCGCCAUGCCUUCACCUCCAAACAAGCCUUCCUAACCUACCUCCGCACCCCCGGCUCCCCCUCCUCCCACUCCUGGACAAACGAAGACCUCGAACCGUCUCCUCCCCACAUGAUCAACUGGCACUGGUACAACUUCUGUAUCUUCUGGUUCGGAAUGGGUUUCGGUGGGUGGACGCUUGGUGCGUCCGUCGUUGCGCUUGGCAUGAGUUGGUGGCAGAGUAUUUUGGCGGUGAUGUGUUCGGCGGUUAUUUCGGGGUUGAUGAUGGCCUUUAAUUCGAGGGCAGCGGCGACGUAUCAUAUUGGGUAUCCUGUUGUUGCCAGGAGUUCGUUCGGGAUGUAUGGACACUACUGGCCUGUCCUUGCCCGUGGGGUGUGCGCGAUGCUCUGGGUCGCAGUGAUCCUCUACCAAGGAGGAGCAUACGUCUCUACGGCUCUAACCUGUAUCGUCGGCCACUCCUGGCAAAACCUCCCCAACCAGUUCUCUCCCGGCGUGGGAACAACAAUACAGCGCUUCGUCGGCUACUUCCUCUUCUGGUGUAUCACCCUGCCAUUCUGCUCCCUCCGCCCCUACCAGCUCAAAUGGCUCUACAACUUCAAAGCCUGGGUCCUCCCCUUCAGCAUGAUCGGCCUCCUCAUCUUCUGCCUAAUCCAAUCCGGGGGCAAACUCGGCGACGUCUCCUCCUCCGCCGGCGCAACCCGUCCCCAUGGCUCUGCCCUCGCUUGGAUCUUCGUGUCGGCCGUUAACUCCUCCAUGGGCAAUUGGUCAACCUUCAUCGCGAACAUGCCAGAUUUCUCACGUUAUGCGACUUCGCCUCGCGCAACGAUGUGGACUCACAUCCUUUUCGUCCCGAUCCCCGCAACACUCGGUGGUCUCAUUGGUGUCAUCGGGACAUCCGCUCUCCAGCACGCUUGGGGCAAGACGAUCUGGAACCAGUGGGAUUUGUUGGACGCAAUCCUCGCAAACUCAUGGGACGGCAAAACCCGCCUGGCUGUCUUCCUCUUGUCGUUCGCAAUGGGCCUCUUCACCCUCGGUGCCCUCGUCGGAGCCAACCUCACGCCCUUCGGCUCCGACGUCACCGCCCUCUUCCCCCGGUACUUCAACAUCCCCCGCGGUAUGUUCUUCUGCUGUAUCGUCGGCCUUGCUUUGAACCCCUGGAAAAUUCUCGCAUCCGCAAAUGGCUUCCUGGCCUUCUUGGGAGGUUACGGAAUCUUCAUGGGGCCGACUGCGGCGAUCAUGAUUGGUGAUUACUGGAUCGUGAGAAAAGGAAACAUCGACCUCUCCCAACUUUACACCUCCGAGCCAGGGAGCAAGUAUAUGUACUACAAGGGCUUUAACCUCCACGCCGUGUUCGCCUACAUCUGUGGAAUGUCUCUCCCAUUCACUGGGUUCAUCGGGACAUUCGGGGUCACCGUUCCACAAGGCGCGGUCAAGUUGAAUAAGUUGGGAUGGUUGGUUAGUACCGCCGUUACCUUCGUCGUGUAUAUCACGAUUUGCAAGCUCAUCCCGUUGAAGAAUAUCGAUCCGAACAUGCAGUGGGAGGAGAUGGCUCAGGAGCAGUCCAUCAUUCUGGAAGGUGUUGAGGACGAGGAGAAGGCGAAGGAGUUCUCGAAGGAGCCGGCGGUGAAGGAGUUGAAGGAGUGA